CGUUGCUGGGGAGACAAAACACAUAUUUUCUCUGACCUUUCCAUUUUCAAAUUCUAGUGAGUUUUUAAGAAAUAACCUCAGAUGAAAGGCCCCUUGUUUUUAGGUUGUGAUAGCUGUCUAAUCCCCUCAUUGUGACUCUCACAUGAUGAAAAAAAAUUCAGGCCUCACUGCCCUCUGAGGCUGAACACAGCAGGGUCACUUAGCAUCAGCACACUGGUUUCUCUGCUGCAGCAAAUAUUCUCAUGUUUCAUUUCAACUUGAGCUACUCUAAGGAGCUAAAAGCACAGGGCUGGUCGUCUUUAACUGGAUGACAAUAUGCGGCAAUAUUUAACUGUAAAGAAGUUUCCAUGGCCCUGGUCUAGGAGAGAUGAUGGGCAGAACGAGUCUAGCCCCCUCAUCCCAAAGUUAGGUGCAGCAAAAGCAGAGGACGAGGAGCUUGGCCAUGUUGACAGAAAAUUUCAAACAGGAACUCCUAGCGAUCAGAUCCACAACAGUCCUACAGGAACCCGCCCUCAUUACAGUUAUUCUUUAAUUGAUUAUUUCCUAAAAUACUUCCUGUUCCUGUGCAACCUGAUCUUCACAGUGUUGGGCCUAGUGGUUCUUGGUUUGGGGAUGUGGGGACUCGUCAGCAAAGAAUCGUUCGCCCAGGAGAAGAUUGGAAGUAUCGGCACAGAUCCGAUGCUGAUACUUUUAACUUUGGGCUUUCUGCUCACUCUACUUUGUCUGACGGGGUGUGUUGGUGCUUUAAGAGAGAACUGCUACUUGCUGAAGCUGUUUUCUGCUAUAGUGCUGGUGCUCAUCACAAUCCAGGUGCUGUUUGCAAUUGUGGCCUACAGCAUGCAGGAUCAGAUUGAAGGGUACCUGCGGUCAGGGAUGCUAGCUGCCAUAGCGGGCUAUCAAGAUGAUUUAGACCUGAGAUUCAUCACAGAUGAAAUUCAGUUGGGUCUCCAAUGCUGUGGGGCCGAUACCUACCGGGACUGGGAGCUGAACGUAUAUUACAACUGCUCAGCUCCAGGAGUGCUGGCUUGUGGUGUUCCUGCAACGUGCUGCGUGGACCCUUUGGAGAACGGGACAGUGUGGAACUCACAGUGUGGCGUGGGAGCCCAGCUCCUGGAUGAGUUUACCGCUCAGAGUGUGAUCUUUCUGGGGGGUUGUCUGGGUGGAAUCUCUCGUUGGAUCAAGCAGCACGAGAGUCUGAUUGUUACAGUUGCAGUCAUUGUGGUUGGGGUACAGAUUCUUGCUGUGUUCGUCACUACAAGACUGAUGGAAAGCAUCCGGUGGCAUAAAGCUCAUGCAUGAGAUAAAUACAGCAUGCAGUGAAAGAA